AAUAACUUGCGUAAAGUGGGUUUUAAUACAUAAAUUUACUUAAAAUGCAAGGAGCGCGUAGAGUUGAACGUAGUGCAUUGUAUUAUUAUCUUGCAACAAGAUUACUUGAGAUUGAGGGAGGUAACAAUGAACAAAGAGAAACUAGAGAAAUAAGUCGUAGAUGUAAGGAGAGAAAAAAAAUUAAUUUAUUAGAUCUAAACGAAACCGAAUUUAAGAAUAGGUUUCGUCUUAGUAAAGAAGCUUUUAUAUUCUUAUGCGAUAAAUUACGUCGACAUACUUCUUUGAAGUCAACCAAACGAAUUAGCUUGGAACUUAAGAUUCUUUGUGCAUUGUCUUUUUACGCCACUGGAUCGUACCAAAGACUAGUUGGAAUGGCAAAACAUUUGGGUCAAACUACAGUCAGCAAGUACGUACGAGAAGUGACCGAUGCACUUGUUAGUCCGCCAAUAUUGAAUUUUUAUAUUAAAUUUCCGACAACAAGAGAGCAAAGAGAUGCGGUAAAAAAUCAAUUCUACUCAAAGUUCGGCUUUCCUGGGGUCAUAGGGUGUAUUGAUGGAUGUCAUUUCCAUGUUUUUAAACCCAAAAAAGAUAUUGAACAUUUAUUUUAUUGUAGAAAGCACUUCCAUUCAUUAAAUGUACAAAUGAUAUGCGACAGUGAUUGCCGAAUAUUAAAUAUUAACGCAAAAUAUGGGGGAGCUACCCACGAUGCGUUUAUUUGGGAUAACAGUAUGGCAAAUAAUUAUAUGCAAGAACUACAUCGGCAUAAUGAACAAGUUUGGUUAUUAGGUGAUUCUGGGUAUCCUCAGCGACCCUGGCUAAUGACUCCUAUACCUGAUGCUGUUGAAGGAAGCCCUGAAGCAAAAUACACCCAAGUACAUGGAAAAGCCAGGGUCACGAUUGAAAACACCUUUGGGCGGUUAAAAAAUCGUUGGCGAUGUUUGUGUAAGGACCGCACACUACACUACACACCAAAAAAGUGUGCAAAAAUAAUAAUGGCAUGCAGUGUGUUGCACAACUUAGCCAAAGAUUUUAAUGUGCCCGAACCAGAGGAACACCUUUUAACUGAACCAAACAUAAUCUCUGGACAUGUUUUCCAAGAGAGUGAGGCUGGAGACGACUUAGGAAGAGGACGAGCAAUAAGAAGUGUGUUGGUUGAUAGGAUCAAUAGGCUACACAUGUAAUCUAAAUCUUAAAAAAACCUAUGUAUCUGGUUAGA